CUCCAAAACAAGGUCAACUGUCAAACCAAUUCUCAUUGUGUGCAAUCGAAAUUUAAUUGAUUUUGAUUAACUGCUCCCUUCCUGCAGACUAGUUUUUAUUGGCCGCAAAGGCCCAAAACCUACACCACUGCCAUCAAAACCUUUUCCCGCUACGUCGGUGAGCGCAAAACCCCCCGCGAAAGCUGAAGUAGUGAGAGUUUUUCUUCUGUUGUUGUUGGUAUCAGUUAGAAGAAUGUCACCACCAGCAAGAAGAUUGUGGCUGUGAUACGCGGGGCUGCGUGAGAUAAUACGGUGUGGCACGAUGGGCACUCGAAUACAAUUUGCUGAACGUUGCGGCUGCAUUCGAUUCCGCAGGAAAUGCGAUAACACCAGCCUAGCGUAAGUGGUAGCGGUUCAGCCAUAGACCGGGGGGGUCGCUUUUGUGUGAAAGAAAAGUUAGAACGUACAGAGCAACGUGCUUCGGACAAAAACACGUCGGACCGAUCCGGGAGCAGCACCACCGAUGGCUCAAUCAUUUACCUGGUUUCCGGUGAACCACCUCAGCAGCACCAAGAGCAACGAGCGCCUGCAAAACCCGUACGAAUGUCCGUCGGUACCAUUGUGUUCAGCGAACGAUGUGCAGCUCCGGUUUCUCUGCCCGGACGAUCUCGAGGAGGUGCGAACGCUCUGCCAGGAUUGGUUUCCCAUCGAUUACCCGCUCUCGUGGUAUGUGGACAUUACCUCCAGCACGCGCUUCUUCGCCUUGGCAGCGAUCUACAACUUUAGCAUCAUUGGGCUGAUAGUGGCCGAGAUCAAAUCGUACAGCAAACUCAACAAGGAGGACCGUGGCAUUAUUCCGGAAUCGAUGGGACGGGAUGCCGAGAUUGGCUACAUUCUGUCGCUGGGUGUGCAUCGAAAGUACCGUCAAAAUGGCAUCGGUUCGUUGCUGCUGGAUUCCCUCAUUAACCACCUGACGACUGCGGAGCGGCACAAGGUGAAGGCCAUUUUUCUGCACGUGCUAACCACGAACCGUACCGCCAUUCUGUUCUACGAACGAAGAGGAUUUGUUCUUCACUCCUUUUUGCCUUACUAUUACUCAAUCCGAGGAAAGUGCAAAGAUGGUUUCACCUACGUGUCCUACAUCAACGGGGGCCAUUCGCCUUGGAGCUUAUACGAUUAUUUGAAGUACUGGUGUUCCCAGGUUCUAACUGCCGGUGGACUUUGCCCCUGGAUCUGUGGCCGAAUGCGGACGGCCUUUCGCUGGGUAUGCUACCGUACGAUUGGGCGGUUUCAUCUUCAGCAGGACGAAUAGAUAGAUCGGACCCGAAGCACAGGAGUGGUCGACCUAUCGCAAAUAUCGCCACAUCAAUCAACCCAGCUAACAGUUCACUGUUUCAGUUUUCUCUUUUUCGUUCCAUCGUCCGGGUAGAUUUUGAAACUCUUCCAUCGUUUUCCAUCGAUUGUCGAUUGUGUCCUCCCAACGAGAUAUGAUUCUGCUACACCCUCCUCUACCAUUACCUUCCGCAAAGUUUAACGUAUCCUCAGCAUACAAACACACGCACACAUACUAUUACAGUCGACAGCAUUUUCACGUGCAUCGAGAUCGUUUUAUCGCAAGUGUUCAUUCAACUGCGAUCGCGAUGUUUAUCUGCACACGAACAAGCGCAAACACAUCCGUUUAGCGAACAUGCACAAGUAGUUGGCCAUCCUUUUUUGUUAAAUUAGGUUUAACAGGCUACGUUCGGAAUGAAGGAACCGCAAAUUGUGAUGCGAUUGUGUGUUCUUUUGUCAGUACGCAAGCAGAAACCAAACGCCCGCAAGUGGUCUCGUUGUCAUAUCAGUAAGCAUUUUAUUUGUGAUAUUACAUUCUUCAUCAUCAGCCAGAGAGAGAGAGAGAGAG